AUGAGAACCAAGACCAUCACAACUCAGACAGAUGAUCACAAUGAUCACGCCGCCGAUAAUGGGGUCCGGAGAGCCUCUGGUCGCGUACGCAAACUCACUGCCAAAGCUGUAGCUCUCCAUGGCGGCAAAUCUUACUCGCCGCCACUCUCCGACACAAUUGUCAUCGAUGAUACACCACCGCAACCUCGGCGAUCAUCUCCGAAAGAACACUCACCGACAUCCAAUGCGCCGCGAGAGGAGCCUAAGGCAGCGCGGAUUGAACCCGAAAUUCCAGAAACUCCAGCAAAGACAAUGGCGAAUGGUGUCCAAACUCCACCUCCAGCUGCCCUCGCUCAGGAUGGAGCACCAGAAUCUACGGUGGAGACAUCUCCUUCACGAAGACACUCCCUCAGAGAAAAGAAGCCUUCUGCAAAGGCGGUAACAGAGUCGCGGACCACUCAAAAGCGACCCGCCACCGAGGAUUCAGAGGAAGCUCCUCUCCGCAAAUCAGCCAGACUCUCCUACUCCAGUGCUAGAGCUCCGUCAAAGCUCCGAUACUCAGUCCCGAUUGAGACCAGCGAGAUUCACGAUACUGCUGAAGCUGAAAAGGGUGAGGUUAUCGCCACGCCUGUAGUAAAGAAGUCAAAGGUCAUUGUCCUGAAGAUGAAGCCACAAUCACGUCGGGCUGAUUCACCGACACAUGCAAAGAACAGGGCCCGCUCUGCCACGUUACAAGACAAGCCCAGAAGAACAUCUGAACGACAAAGGUCAGCAGCAAAACAAGUCAAUACAGUGUCUGAGUCGCGCCCGCGCCCGCGCCUAACUGAAGUACUCGGAUCCUGCAAUCUCUCUUGUCUUUCCCCAGCCUCCCGACUUCUAGCCUUUGCCCAGAUAGCCCUGCAAAUGCCAGACGAGGAGGAUGAGAAUGCAGAGACUGUCCCGGGAAGUGUCUAUGACUGGCGGGUGUAUACCCAGGCAUGGUGCCAAUGUGACCAGGGCCAACCAUUCAAGACGGCCCGCACCAACUCUGCCGAACUUGCCCGCGCGCUCGUGCCGAAUACGGUCGCCCAAGGCCAGAAGCAUGACUAUGUUGAUCAGUCCAAGUCUCAAACACCCGAGAAUGACUUGCUCUUGACGCCUGUCAACACUAUACUGCGCGCGUCGGACGCUGAAAGACUCUCACAACUCUACACUGGUCCUGGCGCUCCGACAAUCAGCCAACCACCGCGUGGUCCACGCGUGGCAAACGACAAACACCCUGUGGGGGAGCUUGCGACAUUUUCCGCCGGUCAACCACUACAGAUGCAAGUCCCCAUGAGCGAAAGUCCCCAUCGUUCCUCGCCACUGCAGCCGUUACCACCGCCACUCAGUCGUUCACAUUUUCCACGACGUACGUAUGAGGAUCGCCUCCGAGACGAUUAUAAUGCCCUGGGAGACAUGCGUAAGAGAGCCACGGCACGGGGAAUACCAUGGACGUACAAUCAGACGUUGGGGGAUAUCCACGCCCUUGUUGUGGAAGCCGAGGAACGUGGACAGUGGACACAAUACCGCCAACAGGCGAUCAAUCCACCGACAGUGCUUGCUCGGGUGCAGGACUCCGCUACCGAAGCUCGUCCAUCUCCUACCGGCUUCGGCGUCCUCCUCCCUCCGAAGGGGUCGACCAGCACCCCACGAGGGCGAAAUUCUCCUGCGCAGACAACCGGGAUUACCGGGUCCCGGAACCAAGGUGGUAAACCAAGUAAGAUCAGCUUUGUCGAGGGGACCAUUGCAGCCAAACCCUCAAAGGCGCGUCAGUCAUCAUCUCCCAAGCGGCCAAAGAGCUCACGCUUCAGAGUCGACCCACGGGGCCUGCGCGGAGAAGACCCUGGUCCGGGCACGAUCAUCAACAUGGAGGACCUCAAGCGGCAGGCAGAGGAACUGAAGAGGCUGGAUAAAGCCAUGAAAGAAUUUGAGGCAUACCAGAGAAUGGUGGAAGCUGAAGAGAAGGCGCGCAGGUCGCAGAUUAUUGAGCAGGCGGAGAAGAAGAGAGAGGCGGAGAAAAAGGCCAGGGAAGCAGCAGCAAAGGAGCUAAUGCGAUUGUGA